ACGGCGUUAUAAGCCAUAGUUUCACUAUAAAUAAAGUCUCCACAUUUAUAUGUUCCUUCAUAUUCACUGCAAUUAACAUUAUUCUCUCACUCUUCUCUCAGCUCAGCUCAGCUCAGCUCACCAAAACAAUCUCAAUAUUUAUGGUUGCGUGAAACAGAAGUUUAGAAUAUUAGUCCUUGUGUUCUCUUGUUGGAGUAAUUAUUGCAAACUCAUUAUACUUUCUUAGUCUUCACUCUUCAGCAUUUUUUCUUGAAAUGGGGAAGAAACUAGAUCAAAUCAAAGACAAAGAAACAGCUAAGGUUGAAGCUGUUCUUCAACUCAUCAGAAAACAAACACCUCUCACUGUUAAACAGGAAAAGUUCUGCAACUAUGGUUGUGUGAAACGGUUUCUGAAAGUGAAAGGAGAUAAUGUGAAAAAAGCCGCAAAACAACUUAGAGCUUGUCUUUCAUGGAGAGAAACUAUUGUUACUGAUCAAUUGAUAGCAGAUGAUUUCUCAGCUGAAUUAGCUGAAGGGUUAGCUUAUGUGGCUGGUCAUGACGAUGAAUCAAGACCUGUUUUGAUUUUCCGCAUGAAACAAGAUUAUCAGAAGUUGCAUUCUCAGAAACUGUUCUUCACUCGUUUACUGGCUUUCACAAUGGAAGUAGCCAUUUCAAGUAUGCCAAAAAAUGUUGAACAAUUUGUUAUGCUUUUCGAUGCAAGCUUUUACAGGUCAGCAUCUGGUUUUAUGAACUUAUUGUUGGGAGCAUUAAAAAUUGUGGGUGAGUACUAUCCAGGCCGGCUAUGCAAAGCUUUUGUGAUAGACCCUCCUUCUCUUUUUGCUUACUUAUGGAAGGGUGUGCGUCCAUUCGUUGAGCUAUCAACAUGCACAACAAUUGUAUCAUCAUUGGACUUCGAAGAAUCAAUGGACUACAACGAUUUCUCAACAUACCCGCGAGCAUCCUCCCUCCGAUUUGACCCAUCAACCAUCAAAUCGUCAACCAAAAUUGGCUCCUGCUCAUCAUCGCGCUUCUCCUUCACAGUCUCUACCCAACUAGACUCUCUCAAGCCAUGGUACCUAAGCCUAGGAGACACAUCCUCAUCAAAAGUAGGACCCACAAGUCCCUCUCCAGCAUCACUAAUCUCACCACUCAAUGCCCGCUCACUCUCAUUCGCCUCUCCAAUAGCGCGCAACCCACUAGGCCCACCCGCAAGCAGGAAAGGUCUCUUCCCUUCAACUCCUCUACCCCAGCGCGUCACUGCUCCUCACCGGACAACCGCAUCAUUCCUUCAGUCUCCGGCAACAUUUUUCCGGCGGGACAAUGCCAAGGUGGAAAAAGGCAGAGAAUCUUUUUUGGCCUAUGUGAAGUUUUAUAGAAGGCCGUACGAUGAAAUGGUUUAUAGGUCAAAGAUGAGGCCACCACUUGGUGGCUUAGUCUCCAUUGUUUCACCUCAUCUUAGACGGCGCCACACUCACCUUUCGGUUUCUCAGCGUUUCUAAUAACAAAAACACCACCGCAAUCAACGUCAUAAAACACAAGACACAUUACUAUUAUUAAUUUUGUUUACUUGUUUUUUCCCAGUACAUAUAUUAUUAUUAUUAUAAUUGAAUGAAUGUACUAUUAAGGUUGAUAUGAAUUGGUUAAAUUGUUUACUCAUUCUGAAAUAUUGCUACAAUUUUCAAGUUCACUCGUGUGUGUUUGUGCUUU